AUGGCUAAUCCAUGGGGAUUUACAUGGGUGCAAGCAGGCAUCGCAUGGUGCUUAGCUGUGUUAGGUUGGUUCCUGGUUCCUAGUAUCAUCAAGUUCCUGAGCGGAUUGUUUUUCGACCUUAGCUUUGACGCACCAAGAAAGCUCCGGGAGCUGGAGUCUUCCACCGUUCCAAUACUGAAGGAUUUGCUGACAGAUGUAGAGAAGCAGAGGACGAUGAGAUCUAUAGGAGAGGGAUCUCAAGCUGAUUUGAUGAUGCUCUAUAAAUUUACAACUGAUCUCAGAUCUGCCUUGGAGGAAGCAGAAGACAUCCUGGACCUCAUCGAUUAUCACCGCAUCGCGGAAAGAGUCAACAGAGGCAGAGGCACCAGGUUUGGACGAUGCGAAGUCCUCAGCCGAGCUCUGCUUCUGCGGUGCUUGCGGUUCGUGGGUGACACUCUCCGCAAAUCAAGUGGUUCCGUGCUACCAGUUUCCAACGCACCCUCCAUUCCCACGCUACAAAGCCACAGUGGCUGGUCCAGGCUUGUCUUCAACUUCAGCAACUGUUGCCAAUCCAUACUCAACUGGUCAGCCAAUGCAACUGCCAUUGCUCGUUUUUGCCUGGGCUGGUCAUCUGAAGUUGUUGGCAUAAAAAGUAACCAGAUGAAUGACAUUGCAGUAGAGUAUUUCUUAUCUACUAUUGACAAAAAGAGCUUGAGGAAAAGAAUCGAGAAGAUAGAAGAUAUUGUCCAUGCCUUGAAGACAUCACAUCUGUUGAGUCAACAAAGCAGCAGCAGUGAAAUUCCAGUCGUGGAUACUAUCAAGGGAAACAGCAGCAGGCAGAAGGAGAUUCAUAACUUGUACAUGAACAUUGAACGGGUGAUAUUUGGUCGACACAAGGAGCGUGACCAUAUAUGUAGAAUGCUUCGUGAGGGAUCAGACGCUUAUGAACCAAGCUGCAGUACAAGAAAACCUUAUUCUGUGAUUGGCAUAUAUGGCAUUUCAGGGUCCGGGAAGAGUACCCUGGCACGAUAUGUUUGUGACUUUGAGAAGGGCGCCGGACAUUUCAAUCCUAUCAUUUUCAUUCAUGUGGGGAAGAUAUUCAGCCUGGGUGAUAUAUUUCGUGAUAUGCUGGAGCAGAUCACCCAUAGCCGGCCAUGUAAUGACAGUCUUAGAAGUCUAAAAGAAGAGUUGGGGAAAGCAUUGAAACACAAAUGCUUUCUGUUGGUACUGGAUGAUCUUUGGGUCAAUUAUGAGAAUCAGCAGGACAAAAAAAUUCUCCUUGAUACGCUCAGUGUUGCACUGAGUGGAAGCAGAAUCCUGGUUACUUCUCAAACAAAAGAUGCAGCUGCAGUUCUAGAUGCUCAGGAGCAAAUUCUAAUACCUGAUUUAGAUGAGGAGCAGUACUUCUCAAUGUUCAUGCAUCAUGCACUACAAGGUGCAGAUGAUGGACGUUUUCAAAGUCUUGGGAGGAAGAUUGCAAAGAAGCUACACCGCUCGCCUAUUGCAGCAGUAACAGUAGGAACGCAACUUAGGAUGAGAAAAAUAUCAGUUUCUGGAAGAGGGCAGCGGAACUUGACCACUUUUCCCAGAGGAUACGAGUUAAAACGAGAUGAGUUAAUUCGCAUCUGGAUAGCACAAGGGUUUGUAACCAGGAGUAAUGCAACAGAGGAACUGGAAUCUGUAGGACAGCGCUACUUUGACGAAUUAUUGUCAAUCUCGUUUCUGCAAGCACAAAGAAUUGAUGUACUUGAUACAGAGAUCGUCACAAUUCAUGAUCUGGUGCACGAGUUGGCAGACAGGGUUGGUGGAAGUGACUUCUAUAGAAUUGUUCGGAAUGCCUCACCGCAAGACAUUCCACCAGAGGUCCGCCAUCUUUUUGUUGGGACCAACAAUAGAGCAGAUAUCACAGAAAAAAUUCUGGACUUGGUAAAUUUACGGACCCUGAUCAUUGUGGACGAGUCCUACGACCAAGAUCCGAAGAAUUUCUCUGCACCAGAUGUGAAGCACAAGGAAAGGCUUCAGGACCCCUUGAUCAACGAAGAAGUUUUUGAGAGCAUGUUCAAGAGGCUGAGUAAACUGCGGGUGCUGAUCGUUAUGACAAGACAUUACCAUAAACAAAUGUUCUCGGUCCCAGCAUCUAUUGAUCAGAUGAAGCAUCUACGUUAUAUUACCUUUAACCUGUUCAGUUCCCGUGGCAUUGUUGAGCUGGUUUUCCCAAGCACAUCUAGCAAGCUAUACCAUAUGCAGACCAUAAAUGUCGUUCCUUUCUGCAAGGUAUCCUGUCCAGGAGAUAUGGCUACUCUCAUCUAUUUGCGGCACAUCACUGUGUCGUUAUCUUUCCCAAGCCCUGGCAGGAUGACGUCACUCCCACAGUUGAAUCAGUCCAAGAAGAGCAUGUUCCAGAUUGAGCAUUUCGCAAGGAAGGAUGAAGCCACUGUUCCCCAGACCAGAGACAGCUCGUUUCAGUCGCUGGAGCAUCAUCUAGUUGUGCAGCCAUGGUUUCUGGUAGUUACUGUUAGCAUACUCGGAUUGGUGUUCUUGGCUCACACCUUUGGUACAAUAAAUCUGGAUCUGGUGUUGAAUACUAGUUUGGGCAUGAGAAGGGGGGGUGGCAACAGAAUGUCUAACAAUUUUGAUCCGUCUCAUGGUAGGAUGUCACUUGCUAUUAACCAGGAUACAGAAGACAAAACUAGUGUUGGCGUUGAUACGAGAAUGACUGAAGGGGAUGCUGAUGGCCCUUGGAAGGAUCAGAAAGCACUGGCACCUUGGAUCUCAAAUCAAAAGAGUGACCAAUCAGGCAAAGUACGCGAGAAUAAUGUACACCAUCCUUUUUUUAAUUUGCCUGACAAGUUCAUCACCAACCUUUUUUGCCCUGCUAGGUACAAGAUUAUACUGGAUUUGAGCUCUGCUUUGUUCUACCUCCAUCAGUGCUGCGACAAAUGCAUCGUACACGGAGACAUCAAGCCUGAAAAUAUCAUGCUCGAUGCCUCAUACAGCGCCAAGCUUGGUGACUUCGGGACGGCAAGGCUCCUCGAUCGUGAAGCCGAUCCACGAACAACAGAACUUAUUGCAGGGACACGUGGAUACAUUGACCCAAUGUUCGUCAACAACCACUUGCGUUGCCCGGAGGCAGAUGUGUACAGCUUCGGUGUUACCCUCCUCGAGAUCGCUUGUGGCAAGCGGGCAUCGAGGCAGCUGUCAGAUGGAGCCUCCGCUCUUGUACCCUGGGUACGUGGUUUGUAUGAUCAGAGCAUGAUUCUUGAUGCAGCAGAUGAAAAGCUGAACGCCGAGUUCGACCAGAAGGAAAUGGAGCAUGUGCUUGUUACGGGUCUCUGGUGCGCACUACCAGAACCGAGCCAGCGACCGUCCAUUGCGGAAGCUAUGGAUGUUCUGCGUUUUCCAAAUGCAAGUUUGCCGGUGCUGCCACAAAGGCGUGAUCCACAGCUCGUUCGGUUCAUGGAGGAUCUGGUCAGUGAUAGUUCUUCCGUGGAUGCAGUAAACGCAACUACCUAUCUUACUUCUAGGGCGGAUACAGUUUAUCUGCUUGUUGAGGAAUGA